UGAAGAAAAGGAAGGAGAAAUGGAAUGGUAUUGUGAUAAUAAUAAUAGCAUAGCAGCCGUUGAAGUCAACUGUAAAGACUUGCAUAUAUUUAGACCAGACCCACAUGUCAUCUGACUCAUCUUUAUCCCAUAUCAACUUGAAUGUGAGUGGAAUGAAGAUGAAGUUUUGUACAUAGCUAGUGGAAUGAACUUGUACCAAUAAUUUAAGAAGCUGCAUUAUGUCCAAAAAUGCUAAAUUUUCGUCAAUUAGUUCUCUGUAUAUAAACACGUUCAGCUUCCACAGUUUUAUUGAAUCCUAUAUUCUGCUCAAUAAGUCAUGGCAAAACAAUACAGUGGUCCUUUUUAUUUAUGGACUGCUGCUGCAUUAUUAUGCUUCAUUCCCUCUUUUCUAGCAGAAAAGGAGAAUUACAUUGUCCACAUGGACUUUUCAGCCAUGCCCAAAGCUUUCUCUAAUCACCAUACUUGGCAUUUGGCUACUCUUCAUUCUGUUUUUCAACUUUCUAAAACCACAAACACCAUUACUGAAGCCAAACCUUCUAAGCUUCUCUAUAGCUAUAAACAUGUUAUGAAUGGUUUUAGUGCUCAUCUCUCUUCUUCUGAGCAUGAGAUCUUGAAAAACUCUCCAGGUUACAUUUCUUCCAUCAAAGAUCGCCCUGUCAAACCCGACACAACUCAUUCACCGUCUUAUCUUGGCCUUACUUCCAAUUCUGAAGCUUGGAAGGUGUCGAAUUAUGGCGAAGGUGUCGUAAUCGGAGUGAUCGACAGUGGUGUAUGGCCGGAAAGUGACAGUUUCAGUGACAAUGGAAUGUCAGAAAUCCCGAAAAGAUGGAAAGGGAAAUGCGAAAGAGGCAUGGAGUUCAAUUCCUCGUUGUGUAACAAAAAACUCAUCGGAGCUCGAUCCUACAAUAAAGGGCUAAUUGCUAAGUGGAACGUCACGAUAUCAAUGAACUCUACGCGUGACACGAUGGGCCAUGGGACCCACACAUCGAGCGUGGCGGCUGGGAAUUUCGUAACAGGGACAUCAUACUUUGGGUAUGCACCUGGAACUGCCAAUGGAGUGGCUCCACGUGCUCAUAUAGCCAUGUACAAGGCCGUGUGGCCUGAAGGUUCUUACACAUCUGAUAUAAUUGCAGCAAUUGAUCAAGCAAUUAUUGACGGAGUUGACGUUUUGUCUAUCUCCGUGGGAUAUGAUGACAUCGAGAUGUAUGAAGACCCAGUAGCUUUGGCAACAUUUGCAGCGGUAGAGAAGAACAUAUUUGUGUCAACCUCCGCAGGAAAUCGCGGGCCUUUUCGCGGUGCACUUCAUAAUGGAAUGCCUUGGGUAACAACUGUUGUUGCGGGUACUAUGGACCGUGAAUUUAAUGCGGUUUUAAAAUUAGGAAAUGGAGUUUCACUUACUGGCUUAUCGCUCUAUCCUGGUUCUGUUAAGUCAUCUACUUCAUUUCCAAUUGUGUUUAAAGGUGAAUGUUUCGACUUCGAUGAUUUGAAAAAUAUUGGGGGACACAUUGUAGUUUGUGAAGAAGGCCAAACUUCUUUAGAGGACCAAGUUGAAAACAUUCGCGACAAUAGAAAUGCUAGCGCUGGAGGAAUUUUCAUAACCAAAAAUGCAAAUGAAGGUUUUAUCCGAAGCCACUUUCCAGCGAUUUUUAUGAAUUCAGAAAAUGGGAAAAAGAUCAAAGAUUACAUCAACAGCACUACCAAGCCAAAAGCGAGCAUGGAGUUCAAGAAAACAACUCUCGGCAUUAAAUCUGCUCCGGUUAUUACUAGCUACAGCUCUAGGGGACCAUUUUUAGCUUGCAGACCUGUCUUGAAACCUGACAUUAUGGCCCCUGGUUCUCUAAUCUUAGCGGCAUGGCCAAAAAAUACGAUUGUGGAUCGUAUUAACUCCGAUCAGGAAAUAUUCAGCAGUUUCAAUCUACAAUCAGGAACGUCCAUUGCUUGCCCACACGUAGCAGGAGUAGCAGCGCUCUUGAAAAAGGCGCAUCCUAAUUGGAGCCACGCCGCGAUUCGUUCAGCAAUAAUGACUACUGCUGAUACAAUGACUCGAGCCAAUGAACCGAUUAGAGAUUUUGAUUAUGGAAACCAACCAGCUACUCCUUUAGACAUGGGAGCUGGCCAGAUUAAUCCCAAUAAAGCAUUAGACCCGGGUCUGAUUUACGAUGCGAACGUUACUGAUUAUGUCAAUCUUCUCUGCUCAUUAAAUAUGACCCAGAAACAAAUCCAAACCAUCACAAGAGCACCUCAUAAUGACUGUUCUUCACCUUCUUCAGACCUUAACUACCCUUCUUUUCUCGCAUACUUCAAUGCUGAUUCGUCUGAAGCCAAUUUGACUGCUGUUCAAGAAUUCCACAGGACAGUAACAAAUGUGGGAGAUGCAGUGUCUACUUACACUGCACAUUUGACACAAAUUCCCGGAAUAAAAGCGACUGUGGUUCCAAACAAGUUGGUUUUUAAAGCAAAGUAUGAGAAGCUAAGCUAUAAAGUGACCAUACAAGGUCCAAAAGCGAUUCCGCAAGAUGUAGCUUUUGGUUACUUGAAGUGGGUUGAUUCUAAGGGUAAAUACGUUGUCAAAAGUCCUGUAACCAUCACAGGCCUGAGAUACUUUGACGUUGAUGAUUGAUUCAAUUCUUAUACUUUUCUACUAAAUUUAUUUAAUAAUGUUGUUUUGGUUAGUGUAUGUAACCACUUGUUUAACCAAUAAAAGAACAUCCCAGAAGGGAGAGUGAUAAAGUUAGUAAGUGUUGCAAGAAACUACUGCUUAGGGCCUUAGACCCAAGCCCAGCCCAGCAAAGUUGGCUCCUGCAAAGCCUUGAGUGUUGAGUACAACGUGAGUUAUCUACGUCAGGAAAAGGAAAAAGAGAAAAAAGUAAUAAAGAAAAGAACACAUGUAAUGGCAGUUGAAGAAAUGAGUUAACUUCCACAUGGGCUCACCGCUCACAUGUGCGAAUGAGGAGCCCACCCUCAAAUUUAUUCCAUUUCUUUACGCGCAAAAAUAAUUGCCUUUGUUUCCGUA